AUGGUUGAAGACAGCGAGUCCCAGUCAGCCUAUGGGGCAACUAUCAUAGACAAUCCGCUCGCUCUAAUAUCUCUGGAACAACUAUAUAGUAUCGUCAAGGAAUUCCACGAACGCACCGAACUCAAAGAUGUGGUUGAGAUGGAAGUCCUCUUCAGAGGCGCCCAGUUAGCACGAGACUCAGACCACUAUCCGUCGAGCCUUACCCCGUCCGAAGAAAAUGCUAUUUUGCACGAGAAGAAAGAACGAAAUGCUCGAUGGUUUCAACCGCCUGAAGGUCUCAGUGUUACUAUCAUGGCCGCAGCUUUCGCCGCGAUUACGCAAGGAUGGCAACAAUCGUCCAUAAAUGCCAGUCAGCUCUUUGGUUGGCAGGAAGACUUAGGGGUUAAUGCUGAUCAACAAUAUCUGAUCGGCGCGUUGAAUGCCGCGCCAUGGAUCUCGGGAAGUCUCAUAGGAGCAUGGGUGAGCGAUCCCCUUCAAGAGACAUUUCUUGGAAGGCGACCUGCACUUUUUAUCGCUGCAAUUUUCUGUGUGGCUUGUGUGAUAGGAUCAAAAGCCUCCAUCGCCCCCGUAUUUGCGGCUGAAGCAGCCCCGGACAGGUAUCGUGGACGGGUGUUGAUGAUAUGGCAACUUUUCGAUGCAUUUGGCAUAUUCCUUGGCUUUGUUUCUUCUAUGAUCGUACGAGAUAACUGGAGAGUGCUAUUAGCCACAGCGAUCAUUCCUGCCGUUGUCCUUCUUUGCGUGGUCUACAUUUGUCCAGAAUCCCCACGGUUUCUUAUUCGACAAGGGCGCUAUCCCGAGGCAUAUCGAAGUCUCCGGCGGCUUAGACGAAGUGAUAUCCAGGCCGCGCGAGAUCUCUUUAGCAUUCACGCUCAGCUGCAGGCCGAGACAAAGGCACUAUGGAACAAAGGCGAAGAGAGAGAAUGGUACGAGGAGAACAUCUACCAGAACUGGAUCAAGAAAACCAGGGUUUGGGAACGAAUGGGGUAUCUAGCUGUAAAGCCCCGCGUUCGGAGAGCCUGUAUGGUGGCUUCUCUUGUGAUGGCAACUCAGCAACUUUGUGGGAUCAAUGUGUUGGCUUUCUACUCAUCUGAUCUAUUCAACAUCAGUGAUAACAACAAUGACAAUUCCGAACUCCAACAGGAUAAUUCCAAAGUUCAAUGGUACAAUUUCGGUUUCGGUCUUUCCAUGUUCCUCUUCACUUUGAUAGCAUACAGAUAUAUCGACACCCGCGGACGCCGAUUCCUUCUUCUGAUAUCCCUUGGCGGCAUGACAGUGAGCCUGGUUCUUGUCAGCGCCUUGUUCUAUGUCGCCGAUUCUGGGGUUCGACAGGUUCUGGUAUCAGUGUUCAGCAUUGUCGUGUUUACUUUCUUCUAUUCCCUUGGUGCUGGCCCAAUUCCGUUUACUCUGAGUCCCGAGGUAUUUCCUCUUUGCGUUCGCGAGGUGGGCAUGAGCUUUAGCGUGAUGGUCAACUUCCUCGGCCUCGGUCUCUUGGUGCUGUUUGUACCUCGAUUGACCGAGAUAUUUGGACGUGGCAAGAGGUGCGGGGGUAACAUUUAUGGAGGCAAACCCCAGGAUGAUAACACAUCUUGUGAUGGCCAGGCAAAUCUCUUGUUCUUUUUCAGUGGUUUGAAUGUGUUGGCAUUCAUUUUAGUAUUCCUUUUGGUACCCGAGACGAACAAAGUUGAAUUGGAAAGGAUGAACAUACUAUUUGAAAAAAGCACAAAGCGAAACAUUGCGGAUAACAUUCGCAGCUUGCACACGAAGCCAGGUACGAAGUAG